ACGCGAAUCGAUCGGCAGGUGGAUUUGUACUAUAGAAUAUAUAAAUACUUACUAUCUGUUAAUUAGGUAUAUACAUACAAACAUAAUACUUAAAUCAAUAAAUCGACUCCAGUUUGUCGAAACUUCAGUGUUCUCCCGUGUUAUAUACUUCAACGUAAAAAUUAAAACUAAAAAGAAACUUAGAAUGGCGAGAGGCAAUUUGCGCCGUGGAAAUCCUAUGCGAAACGCUAGACCUCCUUUCAAGCCGGCUAGGAAAACAUUUGUUCCCAGGCAUCCUUUCGAUUUAACGUUGGCUGAACCCCUAUUUCAAAAAGUGGCUCCACAGCAAGAUGACACAGCUUUAACUGCGGCCCUUUUAAAGCGCAACACAGAUUUAACGCCUACCCCUGCAGAGCAGACUGCUAUUGCAAAUUUAGUAACAAAAGUUCAAUCAGUUUUGGACAAUUUGGUUGUAGCACCUGGAGAUUUUAAUACAUGUCAACUAGAUGAAGUUCGCCAAGUUGGUUCUUUCAAAAAAGGAACUAUGAUAACUGGUAACAAUACAGCAGAUAUCGUUGUUAUUUUAAAGACUCUGCCAACAAAAGAGGCUUGCGAAGCAUUAGCACGUAAGGUAGAAGAGGAUUUGAAAAAUGCAAUGAAAACUGAAGUUGUGACGAAGGCUGAUCAAAUCACGACCACCCAACAUGACCGUGGUUUUGAUAUUUCGAACUGGCAAGCAAAAGUAAGAGUUUUAAUUGCAACAUUACCUCAAAAUAUUCGAAAACUCGAAAAUGACAUACACUUAGAUCCAAAGGCUAUGCAAUCUCAUUUAGCAGCCAUACGGCAUAGUCGAUGGUUUGAAGAAAAUGCACAUCAUUCUUCCAUAAAAGUGCUUAUUCGACUUUUGCGGGAUUUGACAAAACGAUUUGAGAGCUUCUCACCUCUUUCACCGUGGAUGUUAGAUUUGCUGGCGCAUUUAGCAAUUAUGAAUAAUCCAAGCAGGCAAGCUUUGCCUAUUAACUUAGCAUUUAGAAGAGUUUUUCAACUUUUAGCUGCUGGAUUAUUUUUACCUGGAUCAGCCGGGAUAACAGAUCCAUGUGAACCAGGCCAUAUACGGGUUCAUACAGCAAUGACGCUUGAGCAACAAGAUACUUGUUGUAUGACAGCACAAACGUUAUUAAGGGUUCUCUUACAUGGCGGAUAUAAACAUAUAUUAGGUUUAGAAGGAAAUACAAGCAUAGCUCGCGAAAUGUCAGUUUGGGAUGGUGUUGUCGUUUCUCCAGUGGAACCAGUAUAUGAAAGGCCUGCAGAUAAAAAGGAGUCUGAGGGAAUGGAAGAUAUGGAAGCUGUGGAAAAUAUGGGAGAAGAAGAUACUAUAAUGGAGUAAGAAAUUAAAUAUAAGACAAUUUCAUUCUACUUUUUAUUCACGAAAAUCUAGUUUUCAGUUUUAAUGAAAAAAUUAAUAAGUAUAUUAUAAAUAUGUAAGAACUUAUAUCAAUAGCAGUUUAAUAAAAAUUGAUUAUGUAUGCUUGUGA